GUAGCACAUACUUAUAAAGGGCUUUGCUUAUGUAUAAUAAAAUAUGGAUAAGUGAUAUGAGAUAUCGUUUAUUUCAUAAAUUCUCUGUAUGAAGCAACUAAUUGUGAUUAAGUGUACAUCUUAUUUGCUUUGACACGGAUUCAGCUAUGUGCUUUUUUUGCAAUAUUGGAAAUACAUUCUUAAGAGGAUUUAGAAACUUUAUACAAUAUUUGUGCAAACGCUGUUGUUUAAAAUUAAACUGGCCUUGUUUUCAGAACAGAACUGAAAAUAUGCCAGAGCACAAUAUGUCGAGUCACGACUCUGAACAAAUAAGAGUCCUAACUGUGAAUAGCAGGGAACAUCUAGAUGGAAUAUUAUAUAAAUUGAAGAAAGGAUGGAAAGUUGAGUUUAAACUUGGAGCUUCUCUUCUUGGACAGACACUUGAUGUUUUUAUAAAUUAUCCAUUAUUGACUGAAAAAAGAUUUGAAAGGCACACUUACUACCAGUUGCCAUGGAUUGAUGAAUCAGCGACUAUACAUUUAACUUUACCUGGUUCCUACCAUUAUUAUGUCACUGAUCAAGUUAAGGAUGGUGUAUCUGCACAUUGUCCAUCCCAAAUAAAACCUAUUGCAUCUGGAUAUCUGCUAAUAGAUCCUGAGUUGAAAGUAGGUGAAAAUGAAGAGGACUUACCUUUGGAUUGUAUUCAAAUUCAAACAGUCUUGGCAAAAUGUCUGGGACCUUUUUCUACAUGGGAAGACAAAUUACUGGUAGCUCGAAAUUCUGGAUAUAAUGCACUUCAUUUUACACCAAUUCAGGAAUUAGGAAAAUCUAAAUCUUCAUACAGUCUGAGUGAUCAAAUGAAACUCAAUCCUUCUUUUAACGAUAAUAACAAGAUAAUUACUUAUCAUGACAUUGAACGAUUUGUUAAUAAGAUGCGAACUGAGUGGAAGAUGUUGAGUAUAUGUGAUAUUGUCCUGAAUCAUACAGCAAACGAGAGUCCUUUUCUGGUUUCUCAUCCAGAGUGUACGUAUAACUGCGUUAAUACUCCUCAUCUACGUCCAGCAUAUAUUUUAGAUGCAGCAUUAUUUGAAUUAUCGGUACAAGUCGCUGCUGGAGACUGGGAACUUAAAGGUAUUCCUAACGUUAUUGAAACUGAGGAUCAUCUAAAUGCGAUUCGUCACGCUGUCCAUACGUAUUUCUUGCCACUUGUAAAAAUACACGAAAUGUAUAUCGUGGAUAUUCACGAAAUUAUAGCGGAAUUCUUGAACUUGGCGCGCAACGGAAUGCCGCAAGAUAUAACCGUUUCAAAAAGUAAAGACAUUUCGGUGAUUCAAGAUCCCAGCUUCCGUAAAUUGAAAUCAACCAUAAAUAUACAACUUGCCUUGGAAAGAUACAACACGUACAGAGCUGAUUGCUUUGACGAGGAAACCCGUUUGAAACGGUGUGCGGAGGAUUUGAAACAUAAAUUACAAGAACUUAACGAUGUAAUCAUCAACGAUGUGCAAAACCAUCUGAAUGCUGCAGUCGAAAAUACUAUUGCUAGCAUAAGAUAUUUUAGAGUACAAUCUGAUGGUCCAAGGCUUAAGGAAAUUAGCGAAAAGAAUCCUCUUGUUCCUAGAUACUUCACCGAUUAUGGUGCACCCAAAUCAUUGACAGAAAGGGAAAAUAUAAUGUAUUCGGAUAAUGGAUGUUAUUUAAUGGCUCAUAAUGGUUGGGUAAUGAAUGGUGAUCCUUUAAAGAAUUUUGCUGAUCCUGAUUCUAAUGUUUACAUUCAAAGAGAACUCAUUGCUUGGGGAGAUAGCGUAAAGCUCAGAUAUGGAGAAAAACCUGAGGAUUGUCCUUUCUUAUGGCAACAUAUGACAACUUAUGUGGAACAAAUAGCACAAGUAUUUGACGGUAUUCGACUAGACAACUGUCAUUCCACACCGAUUCCUGUUGCUGAGUAUAUGCUUGACGCUGCACGACGUAUCCGUCCAAAUCUUUACGUUGUCGCGGAAUUAUUUACAAACUCUGAUCAGAAAGACAACAUUUUUGUAAAUCGUCUCGGUAUUACUUCUUUGAUCAGAGAAGCUAUGUCUGCAUGGGAUAGCCACGAAGAAGGCAGAUUAGUUUAUCGGUAUGGAGGUGAGCCAGUGGGAGCGUUUUUGCAGUCACAGAAACGGCCGUUAGUACCAAGCAUCGCUCAUGCCCUAUUCUUGGACGUAACUCACGAUAAUCCUAGUCCAAUAGAGAAGCGAAGCACUUUCGAUUUACUGCCAAGUGCCGCACUUGUAUCAAUGGCGUGCUGUGCUAGCGGUAGUAAUCGCGGUUACGAUGAAUUGGUUCCUCAUCAUAUACAUGUGGUGGAUGAAGAAAGACAGUAUGCUUCCUGGACCAACAAUGACAAUUUGGUAGACAACGUUAAGUUCGUUAGUUCAAAGACUGGUAUAAUAGCAGCUAAGAAGGCACUGAACGAUUUACAUUACACGCUUGGCAAGCAAAACUUUUCACAGGUAUUUGUCGAUCAAAUAGACACCGAUACAGUAGCUGUAACGAGACACUCACCGACUACUCACGAGAGUGUAGUUUUAGUCGCGUUUACGGCUUUUAAGCAUCCCGAUGCCAAUGCUCAGGAUUUGAGGAGACACAUAAGACCUUUAAGAGUAGAGGGAAUAGUGGAAGAAAUAAUUUUGGAAGCGUCGCUUUCACACGUUGAUGUUAAAAACGGUAGAACGCCUUACCAUUUGCCUGAAAAAUAUAUGAAGGAUACGCACUUUAUAAAUGGAUUGUCAGAAUAUGCGUUAACUCUUAAACAGCAUAUACAGUGCUGUGACUCUACGAUAAUAGAGAAAGUCGAUUCCGGCGAUCCUAAGAUCACUCAACUCAAUUUUGUCAACUUCCAGCCUGGUUCUGUUAUAGCUAUACGAGUGUCUCUACACGCGAAUAUAAAACCCGCUCUAACAGAUCUUCAAAAUAUUAUUUCGCGCAUCACAUCAAAUAAAGCGUCAGACUUACAUGAUAUUAUAUCUCGUAUGGAUUUCGCAGAUUUGAAUAAAGCUCUAUACAGGUGUGACCAAGAAGAGCGGGACGAAACAAUGAAUAGAUUUGGAGUAUAUAAUGUGCCAGGAUAUGGGCCAUUGGUAUACGCCGGAUUGCAAGGUAUUAUAUCUUUACUGGCAGACAUUCGUCCAAAUAAUGAUCUAGGACAUCCCUUAUGCGAUAAUCUUAGACAGGGCAACUGGUUGAUAGACUACAUAUGGCAACGUUUGAAAGAAGAUAAUGGCACGAAACCUCUUGGAAUAUGGCUUCAGCAAGCAAUGGAACCAUUUAAAUUAAUCCCAAGAUAUUUAGUGCCAAGUUAUUUCGAUGUUAUAAUCGUGAACGUUUAUAUUGGCCUCAUAGAUCAUUGCUACAAUUUGAUGACGAAUUUCGUGAAGAAUGGGACUACAUUUAUUAAAUUACUGAGCCUAAUCUCAGUGCAGAUGUGCGGCGUUGUGAGAUCAUCACUGUUACCGGACUUAUCACCAAAUCUGAAUUUACCGAUACCAAAAACGGAAUUUUAUGAUGGACAAAAUAAGCAAAUCUGUUUAACGCUGUCAGCAGGCUUACCGCAUUUCACGACGGGCUACAUGAGAAAUUGGGGUAGAGAUACCUUCAUUGCUUUGAGAGGAAUGUUGCUUUUAACUGGCAGACAUAUAGAGGCGAGAUUCAUAAUUCUUGGAUACGCUGGGACCUUACGACAUGGCCUGAUACCUAAUUUACUCGAUAAAGGAAGCAAUGCUAGAUAUAAUUGCCGUGAUGCUCUAUGGUGGUGGCUCUAUACCAUAAAGUGUUACGUUGAAGAAGUCCCGGACGGUAUCAAAAUUCUGUCAGAUAAGGUCUCAAGAUUGUUCCCGACCGACGAUUCACCAUCCUUACCUGCAGGACAAGUGGAUCAACUGUUACAUGAAGUAAUUCAAGAAGCUCUCAGGAUACAUUUCCAAGGUCUUUGCUUUAGAGAGAAAAAUGCCGGGAGACAAAUUGACGAGCAUAUGACUGAUCGUGGAUUUAACAAUCAGAUUGGUGUUCAUCCCGAGACAGGCUUCAUAUUCGGUGGCAAUGACGCCAAUUGUGGAACUUGGAUGGAUAAGAUGGGAUCGUCUGAAAAAGCCGGUAACAAGGGGAAACCGGCCACGCCCAGGGACGGUUCUGCCGUGGAGAUAGUUGGACUGAGCAAGUGCAUUCUCAGUUUUCUGGCCGAAUUAUAUAAGCAAAAUCUUUUCCCGUACGGUAGCGUUCAACGUAAAAAUCGUGACGGAAAAGUAAUAACUUGGAGUUACAAGGAAUGGGCAGAUAGAAUUUCCGCAAAUUUCGAGAAGUGCUUUUACGUCAAUGAGAUUCCAACGAAGGACGAAUUAAAACCUAAUCUGAUACACCGGCGAGGCAUAAUUAAGGACAGCUAUGGAGCAACGCAAGAAUGGGCGGAUUAUCAGUUGCGGCCUAAUUUCCCUAUCGCUAUGGUCGUUGCUCCAGAACUGUUUAAUCCUCAACGUGCGUGGAAUGCGUUGAAAAAAGCAGAAGGAAUAUUGUUGGGUCCUUUGGGUAUGAAAACAUUAGAUCCUGCGGAUUGGGCUUACAAUGGUUAUUACGAUAAUUCCAACGACAGUACUGACAUGAAAGUGGCGCAUGGAUGGAAUUAUCAUCAGGGACCUGAAUGGAUUUGGCCAAUAGGGUAUUUUCUGCGAGCGCGUCUGCACUUUGCGUCAUUAAUCGGCGGUGAAGACGAGUUACGUCGCAUAGUUGGAUCGACUGAAGCUAUUAUUUCACGGCACUUUGUCGAAGCCUCCACUAAUCAUUGGAGAGGUCUCCCCGAGCUUACCAACAAGGACGGCAGCUAUUGCAAGGAUAGUUGUCGUACCCAAGCGUGGAGCGCCUCGUCCAUAAUGGAGGUACUCUACGAUCUGCAAAAGAUCAGGCGGGAAUUGCGUUCGGAGCGCCCACACCUAGAACAAUUGAAACUAGAAGAAGCAAGACGUAGAGCCAGGAACAAUGCGAGUGAUGUACGCCUUCCCACCGAAGUGAUAGAGACACCGCACACGGAAACACACGCAUACCAUAUUCCGCACGUAGAUGUAAUGGACAUACGAACUGAAAAAUAUGUAGCUGCUGAUUUCGCGCUCACGAAGAACGAUAUUCCGAUUGCCGCUGAAGACGCGUUGACCUUCGCGAUCGAUAGAAAGAACGACGACAUACAUCUCGGCAGUAGUCCACACAGUCAGUCACUACACAGUCUUUCUUAUUUCGCCGAUGAUUGGAUGGAAUACUCAUCAGACGCGAAGAUUCAUGCUCGUUCGAUGCGUAAGACAGAACAAAUUGAUCGUGACUGUGAGGUAAAAUGCGCUAAAGAUCAGCGGAGGAAUUACAAUCGACAAUACGCAAGAAUAGCAAACAAUGAUGCCGGAAACAAAGUUACGAGCGUUCGUACUUUAACGAACGCUGAUCACGUGUAUGAAGAAGUUCGAGCAACUAAAGAGCCCGGUUCAUAUUAUGUUCAGGAUCAUUACGAGGGAUACAGUCCCACCGCAACAAAGGCCUUGAUAAAUACGCUUUUUUCCCCACGACACAAAAUCUGCAAGGAAUGUGCGGAAAUGCACAGUCCAGUAUAUACCGAUCGCUUGAUAUAUGCGAGGAAACCAUUGUUCGCCGUAGAGGUCGUUUUGUGUCAUCGCGACGACGUCUCGUGUUUCAAGUACUGCAGCCGUCGAGAAAAACUCAGCCCGAUUCUCUGCUCGCAGUGCAACGCAGAUCGUGAUCAAGAUCGUAUGCUGAUCUACAGUUACGUGAAAACCAACGCCGCUGGUAUAUUUUAUUCUCACUGCUGGCCCCGAGACGUCUUCGAUCUAGAAGCGAUACUAAAGCCGAGUAUUUAUGUUAUUAGUCGCGCUCGCAACAUCGUAGUGAAUACCCAGUUGUACCAUCGUUACGUAAAUAAUUAUCACGUGAGAAUAUCAAGAGCUGGCUGCACACCCAUGACAUUUCGCCAUGGUAGUGACACUAUGGUAGACUGCACAGAACGCAUUAGUUGCAACGAUGAUUUGCAUGAUUCGCUGAAUAAUCGGAGGCAUCAAUUAAAGGAUGAUGAUAACGAUGAACGAUGUCGGCAGGACAGGUCGACCUUAUUGUUGCUGGAACCGUUGUUGCUAAUGCCGGAAUUGGCGAGACACGACAAAAAGAGCAAAAUACCCGUUUUACGAUCAAAACGCACAAAAAUUAUCAGAAUAUUAAUCGCUUAUACAUUGUCGUUUUUCGUUCUUGCGAGCAUUACCUUUUAUGUAGUUUAUUUUACUUAGUUGCCGGAUUGUAGAAUACCGUUAAAUCAUGUGAGAUUGUUGAAAGAUUGUUUAAUUAUAUUGUAACUCGUUGUUACGUAAUACAUUUAUUGUCAUUAAUUUCACAUUACAUUUGUCUCGAGAUGUUCACAAGGUGAUUUGCAGAACAGUUCAAUAUCGCAUGUACACAGCGACUUUAUGUCUCGUUAGACACAUGCAUACUUUCGACACGGUUCAUUAAUGACAAAGAAUGUUUUGUAGUAUACAAAUUAUAACUAGCUUAAUUAUUAAAUCUACAUCGCAAUAAGCGAACCAUUCUUGUGUCAAAAUUGUCGUUCGUCAACGAUUUGUUAAAUCCCAAGAAUCAAAUUAAAGCGUGAUGAUUUCUAUGUGUUACGCGGAUGUUGUAAAGCUCACAUAUAAUUCCUACUACUUAUAAUUCAAUAUCAUAAAUAUAUGUCGUAGAUACCUUAACAUCUCUAGAGAGUGGUGUAGCGAAGUUUUAAUUAAUCUCACCGAGUUUGCGAGAUGUUAUUCAAGAACUAUGUCUAAAUGUAACUUUGCAAAAGUCAAAUCAGUAAUAUUUAUAUUAUUCAUGUUAUCUAUUAAUGUUUAGUAAUUCCUGUUGUGUAUUAAUUACAUUCGCAAUAAUUAAUGAUUUUAAUGAUGUUCAAUUUAUAUGAGAUGUUUCUUGAUAUGAUAUAUAUUUAUAUGAUUUAAUAAAAAAUAACUAAAGUGUAUUUCUUCCUGCAAAAUCGAAUUCUACACAAGUUCAGUGUCAAAUGUCAACAAGUUAUUCAAUGAUAAUCAGAUGAUAUAAAUGUUUACAUACACAUCUAGGAUGACUCAACACAUGUCUCGAACAAACAGAUAAAGAAGUAUUGAAAUAUUUUUCUAAAUUCUUUCAGUUAGAGAUAAAUCUUAUAAAUCAAAAGUUGAAGAUGCAUAUUAUAGUAUAUUAUUAUUCAUAUUUUAUCAUGUUGUAUGAUAUAUAUAUAUAUAUAUAUAUAUAUAUAUAUAUAAUAUAUAAUAUAUAUAUGUGUGUGUGUGUGUAUAGACACACACACCAUAUAUAUAAUAAAGAAGAGGUAACAAAAUUCUCACUCGCAGGAAAAAUUUUAUUACCAUAUGUAUCGAAAAGCCCUCGUAAUAAAUGCCGAUAUUUCAGAUCUUAUAUUAUUGCAUAUAUUUACAAUUACAUUAAUGUUUAUUAUAUGUAGCUAUAUUAAAUUGUUUGUAUUAAAUUUUCCUAUUAUUAUUCAGCAGGUUCCUUUUAUGCGAUUUCUAUUAAACUUCUGUUUCAAAACUCACUGUUUGUAAAACUAUAGUAGCGAAACUAGAAAGACACAUAAGAGUUCUAGUUUCUAGCAUACGAAACGAGUAAAAUCAUACAUCACUUUAUAUAGUGAAAAUAUAUAGCAUAAGUUGAAAUUGCCAGAAUUGGAUUGAUAUAAGAGAUCGAUAAAUCAGAUCAGAUAUUAAAAAGAUAUCUAUGUAACUCAUAUGAGAAAACUAAGCAUUAAUAAAUAAUUUUUUUCAGGUACAUAUCAAUAAAAUAAAUCAUAUAUAAA